GUCUCGCGCUCUACAGUCGGGGCGCAUUGAGCGAGUCAUCUAAUCCAGAGAUUUACAACAGACAACUGAAACUGCACCAUUAGCUGCCAUACAAACACAUACGGAUAACUCCACAACAAACUUAUUACACGAGGAUAAAGUGUAGCAAAAUAACCAGGUAGCUGAAAAAUGUGCGGAAUAUUUUAAUUUAUUUCUCCACGGGAACGUUAUGUGGAGAGAGGGCUUAUUGCCAUUGCCUGGAGGACAACGCCUGGAUAAGGAAGAGAGGACAACAUUUGACGUGACUUUGGGACGGCGGUUUGUUCGGGAUACUUCACAGACAUGCUGAAUGCAGUUUGCUGUCGUCUCGCUCAAGGCUUCUUUAUGUGUCUGAUGCUGCACGCGCUCAUCGACUGCACUGGAGGCUCAGUAAGCCAGCAGACGUCCCAGCUCUCCUCGUAUGAGGUGACGGUACCGAGACGCAUCAGCAGACAGAGGAGAAACCAGGCCAGUGCAGAUAAGGUGUCAUACAUAAUCCAAGCUCAAGGAAAAGAACAUGUCGUCCUCCUGGAGAGAAAUGAAUUGCUUCUUCCAGAGGAUUUCACUGUGUACUCUUAUGCCAAAGAUGGCUCGCUGGUCACCGAGAGACCAAACAUGAUGGGUCAUUGUCAUUACAGUGGUUACAUAGAGGAUGUGGAGGGCUCUUCUGCAGCACUCAGCCUGUGCUCUGGGUUAAGGGGUGUUAUCCACAUGGAGGGCACCAGUUUCGGUAUUGAACCAUUGGAAGGUUCCUCCAGUGAUGAGCACUUGGUGUAUCGUUUGGAGGAUGUCAAGACAGAACCUCUCAACUGUGGAACGCCUCACUUUCAUAACCAUGAUGACGAGGCUUCACCAAGGCAUCCUACAGACAGCUAUAUCCAUAACAUCACAUUUGUUCAAUCUGGCAGCCAUCUAAUCAGGAAAAAGAGAGCGGUGCUGCACCAGACACACUAUGUGGAACUGCUAAUGGUGGUGGAUAAUAUGAGAUUUAACUACAAAAAAGGGAAUCAAACAGCUGUACGUGAGGAGGUGGUUCAAAUCGCUAACUAUGUUGAUAGUAUGUACAUUGCUCUGAAUAUCCGUAUUGUGUUGGUGGGAUUGGAGAUCUGGUCUGCGCAGAACUUCAUCAAUACUGAUGGCGGUGCUGGAGAGGUGCUGGGCCGCUUUAGUCAAUGGAGAGAGAAAGAGCUGGUUCACCGUCGUCGCCAUGACAGUGCACAGCUCAUCAUAAAUAAAGGAUUUGGUGGAACAGCAGGCAUGGCUUUUGUUGGCACUGUUUGUUCCAGAAGUCAUGGUGCUGGAAUUAAUUCGUUCACCAAUAAUAAUGUGCUGUCAUUCGCCUCCAUCGUGGCUCAUGAGCUGGGUCACAAUCUUGGGAUGAACCAUGAUGAUGGCCGAAACUGUAAAUGUGAUGUCCAGCACUGCAUUAUGAACUCAGGGGCAACUGGUUCUCGUAACUUCAGCAGCUGUAGUGCUGAUGACUUUGAGAAGAUGAUCUUGAACUCAGGCGGCCGUUGUCUGCUGAACACGCCGCGGCCGGACGAUGCGUACAGCGCCCCCUUCUGCGGGAACAAGCUGGUGGAUGUGGGCGAAGAGUGCGACUGUGGAUCAGAAGCAGAGUGUGCGAAGGAUCCGUGCUGUGAGCCGAAGACGUGUAAGCUGAGGUCAGGUGCUCAGUGUGCGUACGGGGUCUGCUGCAAGAACUGCAGGUUUAUGCCUGGUGGCACAGUGUGCAGAAGCAGCACGGAUGAAUGUGAUUUGCCAGAGUACUGUAAUGGCUCAUCUGCACUCUGUCAGAAUGAUGUCUUCAAACAGGACGGCCAUCCCUGCAAACAAGGCCAGGCUUACUGUUACAACGGCCAGUGCCAGCACUAUGACACCCAGUGUAAGGCCAUAUUCGGCACAAAAGCUAAAGCUGCUCCUGAGCUGUGUUUUAAGGAUGUCAACUCUAAAGGCGAUCGCUUUGGAAACUGUGGCUACCAUUCCAACGGAUUCAAGAAGUGUGAGAGCAGAAACGCCAUGUGCGGGAAGCUGCAGUGCGAGAACGUCCUGUCCUCAGUCAUAUUUGGCAUCAAGCCCUCAGUGAUCCAGACCCCCAUCGCUGGCACUACCUGCUGGGGCGUGGACUUCCUCCUGGGCUCUGAUGUGCCUGAUCCCGGCAUGGUCAAUGAGGGCACCAAGUGUGGAGAAAAUAAGAUUUGUCUGAAUUUUGAGUGCAAAAGCGCAGACGUGCUGAAUUAUGACUGUGAUGUUGAAAAGAAAUGCCGCGGCCAUGGGGUGUGUAAUAGCAAUAAAAACUGCCACUGUGAAUACGGCUGGGCUCCUCCGUUCUGUGAGGCCUCUGGUUAUGGAGGAAGCGUGGACAGCGGCCCCACCUGGAACGAUAAAGAUACUUCCACAAGGGAUGGUCUGCUUGUGUUCUUUUUCCUGAUUCUUCCUCUCUUGGCGUUGGGUUUGUUUGUGGUCUUCUUUCUGUUCUUCAGAAAGAAACGCUCUCAGGGCUACGAAGCUGACAGCAGGCCGCAGACUGCUGUGUCCCAGCGGGGAAACCCCAGCAGUAUGGUGAAGGACCGGGUGGUUCAGACUAAUAAAUCAGCAUCUGUGCCAUCUUACACAACAAGAGCACCACCACCUCCGUUAGCACGACCACCUGCUCCCCCCAAACAUCUGAUGCCUCAAAGACCAGCGCCUGCACCCCCAGUAUAACACACAACACACAUCGGACUGACAGUUGUAUUUCUGUCUGGGAUGGACAGGAGUGGGAGGAGUCGAGGAGGAAUCAGCUGGUCACUCCCACUCUCUCUAAUCUCCCCCUCCGUCUGCAAACAGCUGUCAACUGUCAAUCAAACCCAGAGACGUUCACUGUUGCGAAAGAAACCUCCACUCGCAAUACAUCACAGAGUGCAUGAUGGGAGCGAGAAAACUCUUUAGCUAAUUAAACACUUGUCACCCGACGAAAGAUGUCUAUGGCAACACACCGAUCUUCUUAACUGUGUUACAAUUCUUAUGUGCUAUAUAGGACCACUGCGACUGAUUGCACUUCAGUAAUAUCCACUGUUUGUAGGAAUGUACCGAGACCCUUUUUAUCAUAGGCCGGCUUUAAAAUGUUCAUUUGUUUCCCCCUUUUUUUGGUGCAAAAUAUAUUCUGAACACCACAUUCAACCUCCGCUUUUUUAUAAAAGACAAAUGCGAUCAUUUAGUUUAUGAGGCAUCCUUAAAAUAUCAAAAUGGCCCGUGGUAACUGCAAAUUGUUCUCUUUUGUGCAUCAUAUUCAUAAUUUAGGUUUUAUAAUACAGCAGGGACAAGUACAUUUUCAUUUGAAACUGUUGUUACCCAACACAGAGAUUUUAGCAUUUAUACAUAGUUUAAUUUACAUACAUGUACUUUCAUUUAUACAUGACUUUUAUAGAAAGUUUAUUUUUUACUUUAUUUGCCAAGUGAAAUUCUGUCCCCGCCGAGGUAAAAACCGAGUAAAGAUGAGAACUUGUUUUUGAAAAUGACUGAUUUGUGACACUUUGUUUGACUGCUGGUUUCAUUGUGGUGUUAACAUGAUUUUACUUGACUACAGACAAUAACAAUGAAAGCAAAAUAGAAGCUUUUCUCCUAUAGUUUUCAAGGGCUACAUGACUUUAUGCAUGAUAUCACAUACUAUGCCACUGACACAGAUCUCAUCCUUGCUGAAACUGUUAAAUAAGUUCAAAAAGACCAUUUUGCAUGUUUCAUAGACCUCUUAAUACCACAAGAGGUAGAGUAUGUGUAUAAAGUCAAGCACCCUCAAACAAACCGCUGUAACGUGUCUGUUGUAGAGCACAUUGGACAGUAUCCUCACUCUAUGACAUUUCCGUCAUAACAAAAUCAGCCAAGUGCCAUACAAUACAUGUUUGAUAACAACGAGUGUUAUUUUACAUCUGUGUAUUAUGUUAAUCUGUAUGAUUGACUGAAUGAAUGAUAGAUUGCUCCCUUCUUGCACUGCAUUUCCAUUUGUGUGUAAUGACGGGUCUUGCAGCUGGAAGCAGUUGUGGAUUCUGGUUUACUGAUGCUUUAUGGAUCAAGGAUGGACUUGUGCAGGAUGGGUUUAUUUUGAGCUACCUUCAGUGUGGUGGUGAUGUUUUCCGUUUUUGCAUAUGACAAUAAAAAUCACUGGUAUGUUUUUAA